AUGACUGAAACCGAAUCUGUGGCGGAUUAUAGUAGCCGGUUGAGGGGUAUUGCUCAAGAGUCUGUCGUUUUGGGUAAACGAUACAAGGACAAGAAACUGGUCAAGAAAUUCCUUAGAAGUUUACCUGACAAGUUUCAACCGCACAUGUCUGCAAUUGAUGUGUCUCUUAAUUCUGAUGAGCUCAAGUACAAUAAGGUUGUUGGGAUGAUGCAGGCGUUUGAGAUGCAACUAAAGAAGAAAGAGAAAAUGAAUGCUAAGUCAUUUGCUCUUAAAGCUGCAGAAGAACAGAAGCUUGUUGAAUCGCAGGAGCUUGAGCACGAAGAGAAGGUUGGUCUGUUGGUUAAGAAGUAUUUUUGCAAGAUGGAAAGAGGUCAGCGGAAGGGAACUCCAUCACUUGCAAGUGCAGAUUCUGCCAAGGGGUUCAGGAAGAAUGAAAAGUCAGAACGCCAGUGUGCUGAGUGUGAAGGAUAUGGUCAUUACAAGGCUGAAUGUCCAAACAACAAACGGAAGCACUCACUGCAAUGUUAUGGAUGCAAAGGUUUUGGUCAUACCAAGACUGAUUGUCCCUCCCAAGGAAAUAAUCAGAAGUCCUACAUCACAUGGAGUGAAAGUGAUUCUCAUGAAGAAGAUAACAAAAGUGAAAUUUUGAACAACUUUGUGGCUCUGCUGGGAGUAAUCGAGGAAGAUGAAGAAGAUGAAGUUAUGUUGUUGCAAAAAGACAUUGACAAGAAAAUUGAGUCAGACUCAGAUGGGGAGGAGGCUGGCCUGUCAAUGGAAGAUCAAAUAAGUUUUCUUAUUCAACCGAUUGUGCAAAAGACUCAAGAUAACAGUGAGUUGUUUGCCGAAAGAAAUACGCUUCAGAUGAACAUUGCAAUGUUUUCUAAGGAACUGAGUGAAGAAAAAGCCAAGUCUCUGCGUCUUGAGAAGCAAUUGGAAGAACAGCUGAAGAGCAUCAGGAUGUUGAGUAAAGGAACUAAAGAUCUGGACUUCUUGCUCAGUACUGGACAAUCAAGCACUGCAAAGUGGGGUCUGGGUUAUCAAGGAAUCAACUCUGACAAGUCCACACAGUUUGUUAAAGCGCAGAACUCUGAGCCAAAACUCAAAGCACAACCUGUUGCACCAAACGGAUUUCAUAAUCAGGUCCCUAAGGUAACCUUGCAUCCCAGGCAGAUGUUUAUGCAGUGUGAGAUGCCGGGGAGACAGUUGUAUGGUCCACAAAGCUAUCCCCAUGCUGCUCAGCGACCUGUUGGUCUCAGCAGGAGAAAAGGAUGCUGGUACUGUGGUCAUCUAAAUCACUACAAGGCCCAGUGCUUGAAGUUUCAGAAUCGUGUGACAAAUCUAGUGCAGAAUGGUAGCUUCUACCCAACUGUUAGAAGAGUUAGGGAAGGGUUUGUUAGAAAAGAUGAUCUCUAUUGUCAUGUUGCACACGCAGCAAAUAGAACUGAAGUUGAACAGGCCACGUGGUCUUUUGACAGCGGAUGCUCCAGACACAUGACAGGGGCUCUCAAAAAUUGGUCUCACAUAGAAGAUGUUGCUGCUGGAAGAGUCACGUUUGGAGAUGGAGGAAAGGGGACAAUUCGAGGGAAGGGUGCAACUAGUGGUGACACUCAACCCCAAAUGAAUGAUGUGUUCCUGGUAGAUGGAUUGAAGGCCAAUCUGAUCAGUGUCAGUCAACUGUGUGAUGAGGGCUUAGAUGUUACUUUCACCAAGAAGGAUUGCAAAGCUGUUGAUCAACAAGGGUCUGUCAAACUCAGAGGUAAACGAUCUGGGAAUAAUUGCUAA